AUGCCUCCCAAUGGCACGAGUGUUACAAUCACGAACCCUCUCGUGCUCUACAGGAGUCUGAUAGCAACCCAGCAAAUUCGCCCCGAUCCGGGACAGCAUCGACUAGCGUUGCACUUGCAAAAGCUCUACGAUCAGCUAAAAGACUACGAGCCUAGCAUAGAAUAUUCAAAACGUCUCAAUCAACUGACUCGAGCUGUCAGUGCCGGCCAAGACGUCCCACCACCACCAUCCACUGCUACUGCGGAGCUGGGCAGCUUCGACAGGAGCUGGAUAUGGAGGACCCUUGUGAACCAGAAAGAGCAGCGCGACUCACGGGCUUUAACACGCGUUCUGACUGAUCAUGAUCAAGCCAUGAAGCUCGAGAGCCCAAGAGGGUUGAUGCUCCACGGCGAAGUCGGGACCGGCAAAUCCAUGCUCAUCGACUUGUUUCAGGAGUGCUUACCGAACCGCAAGAAGAAGCGGUGGCAUUUUGAUACUUUCAUGCUGCACACCAUCUCGCGUCUGGAGCAACUUCGCAAGUCCCGUGCACUGACACGGACUGCCGACGGACAGGACGAGUAUUCCUUGCUGCUCGUAGCGCGCGAUCUCAUCGAGACAAGUCCGAUUCUGUUCCUUGACGAGUUUCAGUUCCCAGAUCGCGUGGCCAGCAAGAUCUUGUCGAAUUUGAUGACGAGCUUCUUCCAGCUCGGUGGUGUACUCAUAGCAACCAGCAACCGCAUGCCAGACGAACUGGCCAAAGCUGCGGGUGUCGAGUUUGCUCGUCCGGCUCCAGGUGGAGCGUUCAGCAAGCUGGGCUGGGCGAACCGUGCGGCUGGAUUCCGCGCGAAGAACGACGGAGCCGGGCAGAAGGGCGAGUUCUUCCAGUUCCUUGAGGUGUUGAAGGCGCGAUGCGAGGUAUGGGAGAUGGAGGGUAAGAAGGACUAUCGAAAGCUGGAGGUGGAAGAGGGUGGGGGUGCGCGAACCUUACCAUCUGCGUCAGACACUGAUGACGCCGUGUCCAUUGCGACAGCAGGUCUUCCUACUGGUAGGGCCACCGAAACAGAUUCAUCAGAGCCCGCGUCGAAUUCCGAGGCCACACUGCCAAAGAACUAUCUCAUCCAACCCACAACCGUUGAAGAGAUGACCACUUUUGCUGAAACAUUCAACGCCAUCAUCGAGCGUGCAACCUCCCACGCAUACCCCAUCCCAUGGGAACCAGCAACACUCACUGUCUACGGUCGCCGCGUCGACAUCCCCGCCCAACACAACGGCGUGGCCUUUUUCACGUUUGAGGAGCUGUGCGGCGCGGUCCUCGGCCCCGCAGAUUACGUCUCCCUGGCCUCGACGUACCACACCUUCAUCGUGACGGACGUGCCAAUCCUCACGUUCGUCCGCAAGCACGAAGCGCGGCGCAUGAUCACGCUGCUCGACGCGCUCUACGAAGCGCGAUGCCGGCUGCUCAUCACCGCCGCCGCGGGGCCAGACGAGACCUUCUUCCCGGCUCCCGAGGGCGCGACCAACGAGGCAGGCGAAGAGAUGGUCGACGACGCCGUGUACCCGGAAACGUACUCUGAGAUCCACCAAGACCUCACGUCCCCCUUCCGGCCCAACAUCUCGUCGUACGGCACCAACACGCGCGCCAUGCCCGACGACGCGCUCGAAGACGACCCGCCGAACCGUGCGCGCCGCAUGGCCGGGCUGUCCGAGUCGGACUACGGGGAUGAAGAAGCCAAGAUCCGAGAGCAGGCCAAGAAGCCUGAUUUCGCCAACGUGCGCGGACUGACGGGCGAGGACGAGGUGUUUGCUGUGAAGCGCGCACAGAGCCGCAUCUGGGAGAUGUGUUCGGGACGGUGCAAGCCAGGGGUGGUGGCGACCGCUAGCGCGAGAAAGCAGACACUGGGAGGGCAGCAGCGAGACAAGCACCACAAGCACAAGCAGCGCCUCUGUAAGAGUGCCGCCCAACACGGCCAUCCUGCCCGAGUUGGCCACGGAGAUCCGCGUCCAGGACUCGCCUCUGCGGGUGGAGGGAGAAAAGGCGAUGCGGCCUCGGGCUCGGCCGCAGUGGGAAAACAGGAAUGCCUCGGCAGACGUGCCCAGAGACAGCCAGGUCUUCAGCGAGGCGGAAAUGGAGAAGAUGUUCCGGCACGGGGCGAGUCCGUUUCGGUCGACGGCGGAGGCGCCGCCAAGGUUCAGCGAGGCGCACGCUUGGGGGGUGGGGGCGUGGGGGAAGAAGGCUGGGGCGUGGGGAAGGGGGUCGAGGGGUUGGGGGAGCAGAGGCGGGAGCGCGGUGGUGGUGCUGGCGAGGAGAGGAAACCGCGAGAGGGCGAGGGCGAGGGCGAGGGCGAGACGGAGACGAAGACGAAGUUGGGUACGGGUACGGGUCAGGGUGGAUUGUGA